UUGACACUGGGUCAGUAUUAUACUUGUGUCUUCCGUGCGAUCGUCGGACAGUGCAUUUUCACACACGUUCGCGGUACAGCGCGUGAAGUUCUCGCGAUCUUUUCACGUAAAAGUAAUAAUUAUAAACGUAAGCGUUUCGCGCGCGCACAUAACACAACCAACGUCGUAGCACGUCUAUAUCGUACGCGACUCCCGCGGUGUUUUUCCGUAGUGAACGGACGUGGAUUAUACACACAUGGUCGUCAAACUGGAUCAUACCGGGUGCAUUAUGAAAAGAUACCACAGGCACCAAGUGUACAUCGUCUUACUCGGGUCCUUGCUGUUCUUACAUAGCACCAGUGGCGACACCAACCCUGGGUCAGAGAAUAACGCGGCCGCAUUACCACUCGAACACAGAUCCGGUGGUUAUGAUGUCGGGUUACCGUUGUCUUCCGGUCCGCUACAGGGGCCGCACGAAGAAUCCUGGCCCUUGCAGACCGUGCCAGACGCAGUUAAAAUCAAACAUUUGCAAGUGCAGUGUGAGAAAACGCACAUGCGCGUGAACAUCGAGUUCGACCGUCCGUUCUACGGAGUCAUAUUCUCCAAAGGCUUCUACAGCGAUCCGCAUUGCGUGCACGUGAAACCUGGCACCGGUCACUUAUCGGCUACGUUCGAAAUCCUGUUAAACAGCUGUGGCAUGACUUCAUCUGGCGGCGCAGGCGGCGCGGUCUCCGGCUACGGCCAGACGCCCAGCGGCAGCUACGUGGAGAACACCAUAAUCAUUCAAUACGACCCGUACGUGCAGGAGGUGUGGGAUCAGGCGCGCAAACUGCGGUGCACGUGGUACGACUUCUACGAGAAGGCGGUCACAUUCCAGCCGUUCCAGGUGGACAUGCUGCAUGCGGUUACGGCCAACUUCUUGGGUGACAACCUGCAGUGCUGGAUGCAGAUCCAGGUAGGAAAGGGCCCAUGGGCGUCCGAGGUGUCCGGGAUCGUAAAGAUCGGCCAGACGAUGACCAUGGUCCUGGCCAUCAAGGACGAGGAGAACAAGUUCGACAUGUUGGUGCGCAACUGCGUGGCGCACGACGGCAAACGCACACCCAUCCAGUUGGUCGACCACAACGGGUGCGUAAUCCGUCCGAAGAUCAUGUACAAGUUCCAAAAGAUCAAAAACUUCGGGCCGUCCGCAUCCGUCGUGUCGUUCACGUACUUCCAGGCGUUCAAGUUUCCGGACUCGAUGAAUGUACAUUUCCAGUGCGUGAUACAGGUGUGCCGGUACCACUGCCCCGAGCCUAAGUGCCCCGGCGAGUACGGCGCGCUGCCUCCAGCCGGCGUCGCGCCCCCGGAGAUUGGUGGCGGCGACUACAGCCAGAACUCGGUGCACCCCGGCGGCGAGUACGGACCACCACCACCGCCACCCGGUGCUGCGGACUACCCCGCGUAUCCUGACCCCAGGCACCCAUCGGGACCGGCCGGCGCUUACUCCGAGCUCAAGCCCGAGAUCGUGUUGCCUAACUCGCCGUCGCCUUCUAGCAGCAGCAGCAGCAGCAGCAGCCCACAACCACCGCAGAAGGUGGCCAACGUGCACGAGGACGACGAUGACCUGCAUCUCCCGCCGCCCCCGUUGCCGGGCCAAGGGUCUUCGUACGCCACCGUCAAGCGACAGGGCACCGUGGGCGGCGCGGACGACGAGCACCAGCACAUAAACCUCGUUUCAUUGGGCGGCCGUCCGCGGUCCGUCGACAUGGACGCCACUGGCCCCAAGUCUCACCGUCAUCGUCGGUCUACCGGCGGCAAGGCUGACCCCGAGCUGGACGUCAACACCAGCCGCGUGAUACAGGUGGUCGCGCCCGGCGAUGUCAACUUCGCCCUGAACGUGCCCAACAACGGCAACGGCACCGGCAGCAGCGGCGGCGGCAACGGCGCCGACACAGUGGUCAUGUCCACCCGGUCCGGACUGUCCGCCGACAACGUGUGCAUCAGCGUGCCGUCGUUCGUCGCUGGUCUGGCCAUGCUCCUGUCCGUGCUGGUCGUAGCCUGUCUGGUGGUCACGUUCCUGUUCCUGCGAGUCCGGUCAAUGAACAACGCGAAGACGUGCGUGCCCGCCUCCCAGGGACCGUACAUUCAUGGCGCCGCGUUCGAGGCUGCCGAGUUCGUCAAGAUGGCCAGCUCAUAGAUCCCCUUAUCCCCGACACCCGUGUGCAGCAUCACCCGUGGUAUGCGUCUCCGACGGGUCGAACGCAACAACAACAACAACAGCAACAAUCACAACAACCACCUCUUACUAACCUGUAUACCUACUAUACCCUUUCCCCCAUCCAAAAGACUUCGUAGGUACUCGGACUUAUUUACGCGAACGUUUCCGCUAGAGUGUCAAUGUAUAUUUGUACAUAUUAGGCGAUACGUUAACGAUAAUAUGAUUUCCUAUUACCCCCCCCCCCCCCAUCUCCACCCCU